AUGGACUCCUUGUCGGGAAGAAGUCUUACAUCGUCUAGGGGAGGGCCUUCCAGUCCUACCUCUUCGACGCCGUGUGACCCUUCAACUUCGGACGACGAAACGUUCAUCCCAAACGCCUUGGACUUUGCAUAUCGAGCGUUCUUGGCCGAGAAUACAGUGAGACUAUCGAUCCCGCCGGUGUAUUCCAACGCGCAAGCCGUGGACAGCGCUUCAUUUGCCGGCCGAGGUGCAAGCUUCGCCGUAUAUCGGCGUCGUAUCCCACCCCAGAAGCGCCUGACGUCACUUACAGACCUCGGUGGCUGGUCGGUCGAGGUGGAAGACAAACGAAAUCUGCCGGACACAGUCGCCUACAAGGUUCCUGUCAUCGAGUUCACCGACAAAGGCGAAGCCACGCACACGUCCCGGCAUGCCAUAAACGCAGCAAUCAUGGAACUGUCUCUCUCGGCACACCAACCAAUCCUACAACACCCAAAUCUCGUUGACUUUCUUGGAUUGGCAUGGGGCACAAAUCCAUUUAAUCACAUGCAGAUGCUGCCGGUCAUUAUUGUGGAGUUUGCGGAAUGUGGGAGCCUCUCGCAACUGCAGCAACGGGAAUAUCUCAGCAUCGAGACUCGGCGUAAGCUCUGUCUUGACGUCUGCCAUGGUCUUCAUAUGCUUCAUUCAUGCGGCGUUGUCCAUGGUGAUAUCAAAGCAGAGAAUGUCUUGGUUUUUCCCGAUGAGACGCACAAGUACAAAGCUAAGCUAAGCGAUUUUGGCUACUCCCUAGUCUUGGAUGUCCAAUACGGUGGCCUCUUGUUGGGAGGAACUCGGCCAUGGAAGGCCCCCGAGACUAAGACAGCGGUCCAGGUAUCAGAAGCAAAAUAUACGGACAUAUACUCCUUGGCCCUCCUCAUCUGGUCCACAUUUGCGCAUGGUCGCAACAUUUUCAGGCUCCUUUCGGACCCAUCCAAGCAUGGCGAAGAAUUCUAUGCGGAAGCCGAGAGAAUGAAAGAAACUGGAAAGCUAGCUGAACAGACAGAUCUUUCUACUUGGUACUGGAAAGUAAUUAUGUGCUCUCCUUAUAGUGGCUCCCUCCCAUCCAGCGAGCAAUUGCUUCAUUAUCAACAGCAAUUCCAACGAAUUAAUGGACAGACCGAAGAUACUGCAGGUACUAUUGACAGCAUGGAAAGGUUUCUAUGUACCAUUCCAGUCAUAUAUGCUCCAGUGUUUGAGCCAAUGAAGCAACUGUUCAUUUCAAGUGUUCAACGUUUUGGUUUAUACAGCGCGAUGCAAAGAGCUGUGAUAAUUGGCUUAUCGAAUGAGCCAACCCGAAGGGAUCUCGACCAAAUCAUGGCGUCCCUGGGCCAUGAUGGUUUAUUUACUCAAGAAAGUGCGGAUCCGGAUCAAGUGUUGAAAUCGAAUCUAAUGUGGCAUCACUGGACCAAGAUGGACCCCUCAAUUCAAAGGUACCUCACAACAACAUAUAUCCAGAGAGGCGAAGAGAGGAUGAAAGAGGAUAUGCUGAACCCACCGGAGGCCUUUCUUCUCACCAGUCUCUACAUCAAUGGAUAUGGUAUAGACAAGGAUACAUCAAGCGCAUCCAGGUGGCUCUUCCACGCCUGGCGAGUAGAUCACCCACUUUCGGCAGCGUACGGGUACCGAAUUGCGCGUGCGAUUGGUAUCGAGUUUGAUAACACAGAGCGUGUAGUCUUAUCGCUAAGAUCAAUGGCCCUGCGUGGUUCAAGAACCGCUCUCGAAGACCUCGCAAUCAUAUCUAAUGAUGAUUACCAGGAAACGAGGAGAAUUAUUCGCAACGGCCUCUCAGGGACAGGCGCCAAUCAUUUUUCCGAAGAAGAAAUGCUUCACGGAUUCCGGUACGGAAUGUGGAUAAAGACUUUUGGAAACAUCCCCAUCUUACUCGAGAAUUUUUCUCGACUGCAAAACAUCGCCGAUUACACGAUUAACAAGAGAGGUGACCGCAUCCUUCAUAUGGCCGCAAGUUGUGGACAAACAGAGGCGAUUGAGGCUCUUAUAAAUCGGUUUCCCUCUCUUACUGUCGAUCAGAUCAAUGACCAAGGCGAGACACCGCUUCUUUGCGCAUGCCGCGCCGGCCAAACUCGCACAGUCUUGUGGCUCACCUCUCAUGGAGCAACGGCAUCAAUAGAGGCACGUAACGGAGAGUCACCACUUCAUUGGCUGAUCUCUUUUGAUGAUGAAGAGGUAGAAAGGGUCGGUCCAGCACUGAUCCAAACUGGUGCAGAUACAACAGCGAAGACAUCAACCAUUAUAACCUACCAAGCGGACUUUCCGGCGUCGGUAGUUCCUGAUAGGCUCCCGGAGGGUUAUGCUGUCGGAUGGGCAACUCACUGUGACCGCCCUAAGAUUGUGAAAUUCCUGCUAUCCAACAUGGCCGAUCCACGGAUAUGUAAUGUAAAGUGGUAUCACGCAAACAGUGCGUUGAGGAUUGGCGCAUCGCAACUUCGUUCAGAGUGUUUGGAAUUGAUGAUGCACGCCAUCGAGCAAUACUAUGUCGAGCGAGGGGUAGGAAAAUCCUACGGCUUCUUAGUAUCGGAACUCCUUGAGCAAGCUGUUCAUGGCAGUAGUCUGUUUGAUAUGAUCCUUUAUCAUGGCCCGAAUUAUCAACAGGCGAUGGAAUCAACAUUCAACUGUCUGCUGUCCAGGGCCAGCAGGGUUGCUUAUGGCGCAUACGGUGGGUUCAAGCAGACACUUCUCUAUUUCGCCGUUUCGCUAGCCCGAGAUGAAUUGGUUGAAUAUCUCCUCAAACACGGAGCCGAUGCUAUCAAAUCUGGAAUAGACGAUGAUGAAGAAGUUGUUGAAUCUCAGGAUGUUGGGGCGUUCAAAACCGCCGAUAUCAAUCGCCCAAGCGGCAUUGACAUGCAAACGCCGCUCUUAGAGGCAGUUCGAUGGAAUCGUCCUACAAUGGUUAAUCUUCUCCUCGACCAUGGUGCACAGGCCACUGAAACUUCCAAGAAUCCAUUCAGUGGGCAGGAUUCGACGUGGACCGCUCUCCAUAUCUUGGCCUAUGCAGGGCAAGAUGAUACGCGGCUGGUCCCACAACUUCUCGAGCACGGAGCGGCCAUCGACGGCCUCCCAGACCAUUUCCGCACAACUGAAUCCCCACUACUCAUCGCCGUGCAGAACGACUCCUUCCAUCUUGCUGACAGUCUUAUAUCGAAUGGCGCCGACGUGAACUUCACUACCCUGAGCUGCGGCCACCUAACCUUGUCAAACCCCACAACCAUCCUCGGUCAUGUUGUCGCCACCAACGCGCGUAACUCGAUCGCACGUCUCCGCUAUCUUCUUGACAACGCAUCGAUACGUGGUGGCUUGCACUUUAUCGUAGAGCCAGCUCGGCAGUGGACGGCACUACACCGCGCCGCAGCCGCUUAUAUUGACGUCGAGUUCCGCGGGACGGAUGUGACCGAGGCGGCUGAGCUGAACUGGCCUGACGUCGAUUGGGGUGCAAACCGCGAAAUUCUAAACGAGCUACUCGGUCAUUUUAACGACCCGGAGCAGCUUAACACGGUCGAUCAAAGCGGGCAAACGCCGAUGCACCUGGCGGUUCUCGCGGGGAACGAGGCUGCAGUGAGAUUGCUUCUCGAUCAUGGUGCCCGCGGCGAUGUGCCAAGCUUGGGUGGCCAGGGUGCCACAGCCGCCGAUAUAGCAUUUGAGGUACAGAUGGGGAUGUUGUCUAUGAUAGGAGACACUGGUCGGCCAGGCAGGGAAGAGGUGGCGGCUCGGAAGCAAUGCAGCGAUUAUCUGAAUCCGACAACCCAGUCUUCAGCACAUGCUCAACCCGCAUUAGUCUAA